AUCGGGUGCGCGCGUGUGUGUGUGUGUGUGUUUGGCGCAGUCACACAGAUGCAGCGUGUGUGUCCUGACAGCAGCAUGUGAGCGUGUGUGUGUGUGUGUGUGUGUGAGCAGGUGUUUUCAGGAGGAGGGACACACACUCCCUCUAAAAGAGCAGCAUCACGGAGGCGGCCGGAGUAUUCGCGUUUUUCUUUCGUUUUUUGUUCUUCUUCUUCCUCAUCGUGAUCGUUGGAGGUGCUUUUUCUUUUCAUUUGCUCGCUCUGUCCAUCAUCUGCCUGCUCGUCUAUUUCUCCAUCUAUCUCAUCUAUAAUUUCUUUGGGUUGUGACUGAGUGUGUUCUUACCUUCUUCCUUUUCUCCUCCUCUUCAUCAUCAUCAUCAUCAUCCCGCGGCUGGUGUGUUUGACAGUAGGUAGGUUGAUUUGCGUCCACUGUACUGUGUGUGCGCGCGCGCGUGUGUGUGCGUGUGCAAACCCCACACGAACACACACCCAUAGAUGUGACGUAAAGAGUGUGUUUCACCUUAGUCAGCUGUGUGUGUGUAUCUGUGGGUCAUCACACACAUUAUAUAUCAGAAAUAAUACACUCUCUCUCUCUCUCUCUCCAUUCUACUGGUCUCUCACCUGUGUGUGUGUGUGUGUGUGUGUGCAGUCCUUCAUAAUCCCACAUACCCCGUGAUUUCUCCAUCUUUCAUUCAUUGAUCUGCUGCUCUUUCUGGUAUUACGCGGUUAUUCACGCGCCAGCGCUCAUCGUCAUCAGUGUGUGUGUGAUUAAUCUGUUCAUUAAUAGAGAGAGCACAUAAAGUUGCAUUGGUGCUGUGUGUGUGUGUGUGUCACCCCUCCACCUCCAUGAUCCGCCGUAUCUGAGGCUGCACGAGACUCUUCUCUUCUCUUUCUCUUCUGAGGAGACUCUCUUCAUUCAUGAGUCUGGGCUCCGGCGCUUCUCCAGAUGCGCAAACACACACGCCUGUUUCUGCUCUUUUACAAUGGACUAAAUGCGAAGUGAAGCCGAUUCAGCUCAGGUGAAUGUGAACGGGGCGCCGGAGGACGGGAGCGCGCACACUGUUCGGUCUCUCUCUCCUCCAUCAUGUCCAUCUGCGUUUACCGAGGCUUAACUCCACCCUCUCAGGAAAAGCGGGCGUGGCUUUGUCCGCCAGCCACGCCCUCACCCCACUGGCCCCGCCCCUCGCUCCCCCAGCUGUUGGCCGUGUGCCUGCUUCUGCUUCUACCAGCUGUCCAAUCACGGCGCGAUCGUGGCGGAGGGGGCGUGGCCCACUACAUCCCGUCCUCGGUGGCCCAGUUCCCGCCCGUCUCCAAGCUCCUGCAGGGGCUGAGCAUCGCCGUGGUGCUGGUGGGCAACUCCAGUGAGGUGGUGCUCGCCGGCACACGCGAGAAAGACGACUUCGGCCACAUGCCGCUAGCGCCCAGCGUGGAGAUGCUCACCAUGAACGAGACGGACCCCAAGAGCAUCAUCAAGAGCAUCUGCGACCUGAUGACGGAGCACUGGCUGCAGGGCGUGGUGUUCGGAGACGACACCGACCAGGAGGCCAUCGCUCAGAUCCUGGACUUCAUCUCGGCGCAGACGCACACCCCCAUCCUGGGCGUCAAGGGAGGGUCCUCCAUGAUCAUGGCCGCUAAGGACGACAGCUCCAUGUUCUUCCAGUUCGGUCCCUCCAUCGAGCAGCAGGCGUCUGUUAUUCUCAACAUCAUGGAGGAGUACGACUGGUACAUCUUCUCCAUCGUCACCACAUACUACCCCGGGUACCAGGACUUCGUUACCAAGAUCCGCAGCACGAUCGAGAACAGUUUCGUGGGCUGGGAGCUGGAGGAGGUGCUCCUGCUGGACAUGUCUGUGGACGACGGAGACGCCAAGAUCCAGAACCAGCUGAAGAAGCUGCAGAGCCCCGUGAUCCUGCUCUACUCCACCAAAGAGGAGGCCAACGUGAUCUUCGAGGUGGCUCAUUCUGUGGGCCUGACGGGCUACGGCUACACCUGGAUCGUGCCGUCUCUGGUGGCGGGAGACGCCGACCACAUCCCGCCCGAGUUUCCCACAGGCAUGAUCUCAGUCUCCUAUGACGAGUGGGAUUAUGGUCUGGAGGCGCGUGUGAGGGACGGUGUGGCUGUGAUCUCCUACGCCACCUCCACCAUGAUGAUGGACCGAGGGCCACACACACUCCUGAAGCCCGAGUGCCACGGGGCCCCCGACAAGAAGAGUCCGAUUGCAGGCAAUAACAACGAGGUGCUCAGGUAUCUUAUGAACGUGACGUUCGAGGGCCGCAAUCUCUCCUUCAGUGAGGACGGGUAUCAGAUGCACCCCAAACUGGUGAUCAUCCUGCUGGACAAGGAGAGACAGUGGGACAGAGUGGGUAAGUGGGAGAACGGCUCUCUGAGCAUGAAGUAUCACGUGUGGCCACGCUUCGAGCUGUACUCCGGCUCAGAGAACCGCGAGGACGAUCAUCUGUCCAUCGUGACGCUGGAGGAGGCGCCGUUCGUGAUCGUGGAGGACGUGGAUCCGCUGAGCGGGACCUGCAUGAGGAACACCGUGCCCUGCCGAAAGCAGCUCAAAACACUUAAUAAGACGAGUGAGCCUCCGGUCUACAUCAAGCGCUGCUGUAAGGGUUUCUGUAUCGAUAUCCUGAAGAAGGUCGCCAAGUCUGUGAAGUUCUCGUACGAUCUUUAUCUGGUGACCAACGGCAAACACGGCAAGAAGAUCAACGGCACGUGGAACGGGAUGGUGGGAGAGGUAGUGCUGAAGAAUGCUCACAUGGCUGUUGGUUCGCUGACUAUCAACGAGGAGAGGUCAGAGGUCAUCGAUUUCUCCGUGCCGUUCAUCGAGACGGGCAUCAGUGUCAUGGUGUCGAGGAGCAACGGGACUGUGUCUCCGUCAGCGUUCCUCGAGCCCUUCAGUGCUGACGUGUGGAUCAUGAUGUUCGUGAUGCUCCUGCUGGUGUCGGCCAUCGCCGUCUUCGUGUUCGAGUACUUCAGUCCUGUGGGUUACAACCGCUGUCUCGCUGACGGCCGAGAGGCCGGCGGGCCGUCGUUCACCGUGGGCAAGGCUAUCUGGCUGCUGUGGGGUCUGGUCUUCAAUAACUCGGUGCCCGUGCAGAACCCGAAGGGAACCACCAGUAAGAUCAUGGUGUCGGUGUGGGCCUUCUUCGCUGUGAUCUUCCUGGCCAGCUACACCGCUAACCUCGCCGCGUUCAUGAUCCAGGAGGAGUACGUGGACCAGGUGUCGGGCCUCAGCGACAAGAAGUUUCAGAGACCCAACGACUUCUCCCCGCCGUUUCGCUUCGGGACGGUCCCGAACGGCAGCACCGAGAGAAACAUACGCAAUAACUACAAAGAGAUGCACUCCUACAUGAUCAAAUUCCACCAGCGCAACGUGAACGAAGCUCUGUACAGUCUGAAGACUGGUAAGCUGGAUGCCUUCAUCUACGACGCCGCGGUGCUGAACUACAUGGCGGGCCGAGACGAGGGCUGUAAGCUGGUCACCAUCGGCUCCGGGAAAGUGUUCGCCUCCACCGGCUACGGCAUCGCCAUCCAGAAGGACUCGGUGUGGAAGAGACAAGUGGACCUCGCCAUCCUGCAGCUCUUCGGAGACGGUGACAUGGAGGAGUUUGAGGCUCUCUGGCUGACGGGGAUCUGCCAUCACGAGAAGAAUGAAGUGAUGAGCAGUCAGCUGGACGUGGAUAACAUGGCCGGCGUGUUCUACAUGCUGGGAGCCGCCAUGGCCCUCUCGCUCAUCACCUUCAUCGCUGAACACGUCUUCUACUGGCACCUGCGCUUCUGCUUCAUGGGCGUGUGCUCCGGCAAACCUGGAUUCACCUACACCAUCAGCAGGGAGAUUUACAGCUGCAUUCACGGAGUGGAAAUCGAAGACAAGAGUUCGGAUAUGAACUCCCCCUCCGCCACGAUGAACAACACCCACUCCAACAUCCUGCGUCUGCUGCGCACGGCCAAGAACAUGGCGUCUCUGUCCGGGGUCAACGGCUCUCCGCACAGCGCACUGGACUUCAUCCGCCGCGAGUCCUCGGUGUACGACAUCAGCGAGCAGCGCCGGAGCCUGGCCGGGCCCUCGGACUGCAAGGGCCCAUACCUGCCCGAGGACAACAUGUUCAGCGACUACAUCAGCGAGGUGGAGCGCACCUUCGGGAACCUGCACCUGAAGGACAGCAACCUGUACCAGGAGCACUACCGGCUCCACCACGGGGGGUCUGCGCUGGGGCUGACGGAGGGCCCCGGGCCCCGGAGCCUGGGCUCCAGCAGCUCUCUGGAGGAGGGUCUGUUCGAUUGCGACGGCCCCAGUGGAGGACCCAUCUUCAGCACCCAGCCCAGAUCUGCCCUCACACACAGGAACAUGAGCAAGUUCGACCUGCUCCACAGCCAGACUCCUCCGACCGGCCCAGGCUUGAAGCAAGGGCUUGCCGAGCUCUACGGAAAGUUCUCCUUUAAGGGCGGAGCGUCCAGUUCGGGGUACAUCGCGGGGCAUCACCACGGAGCCGACGACGGAAACAUCCGCUCCGACGUGUCUGACAUUUCAACUCACACCGUGACCUACGGAAACCUGGAGGGCAAUGCUAAGAAGCGUAAGCAGUACAGAGAUAGCCUGAAGAAGCGGCCCGCGUCGGCGAAGUCCCGCCGUGAAUUGGACGAGCUCGAGAUGGGUCACCGGCGCCGCCAGCACCACCAUUACCACCAUCACGGACAACGCUCCAACUCUCCUCCGUCUGAGCGCAAGCGAGGUGGCCGCGUAAACUCCUCCUCAUACCUGUUACAGGACAAGGAGAGCCUGAGGGAUUUCUACCUGGACCAGUUCCGGCCCAAAGACGGUAUCCCGCAGUGGGAGCACGUGGACCUCACAGACGGGCCCGGUGGAGGGAACUGCACCAGCCUGGUGUCGGUGGAUGACUUCCUGAAGAGCAAGCCGAAGAAGCCGGAGGGCCAGAGCGAGUGGGAGUGUCGCAGCUGUCGAGCUAGCAGUGCGGGGAGCAAGCAGACGGGGCACGCGGGCGGGACGGGUUACUGUGUGGCGGCGGGAGGAGUCGGGAGUCGACCCAGUUCUGCCACAUGCAUGCGGUGCGAAGCCUGCAAGAAGUCCGGGAACCUGUACGAUAUCAGCGAGGACAGUAACCACCUGUUGGACCAGCUGACGCCGGCGCAGCGCCGCAGGGCGUUCAGCGGGAAACCGCUACGGCGACAGCACUCCUACGACGCCUUCGUGGACCUGCAGAGGGAGGAGUCCGGUGUGCCGGCGCCGGGGUGUGGCGUAGCCGGCGUGAUCCCGCUGCCACCGCGCAGCGUCAGCCUCAAGGAGAGGGAGCGCUGCAUGGACGGGCCCUUCUCACACGUGUUACAGUUCCCCGAGCCAGAACCCGAGCAAGACCCGCUGUUCUACGGCGCCGCCGGGAAGAGCCCGUUCGGGUUGUUCCCGCACCGGCGCUCGGUUGGGGAGCGUGACCUGAGAAACAGAGGACUCAUGGAGGGGCCAGCUCACCCCUUAUCCAAAUCCCUCUAUCCCGACCGCACCGACCACAACCCCUUCAUCCCCACGUUUGGGGACGACCAGUGUCUCCUGCACGGGGCCAAGUCCUGCUACUCCACCUCGCAGCACCAGCAGGGCGACGUUUACGGGAAUAUUGGCUCGACCUCGUUCCUGCCGGCGUCCGGAGUCGUGUCUAAUCUCGCUCCUCGCUUUCCGGUGGAGAUGUGCAUGGGGAACCACUACACCAGCAAGCUCAGCCUCGGCCCGCCGCGGCCCUUCAACGGCAGCAACGGACACGUGUACGAGAAGCUCUCCAGCAUAGAGUCCGACGUGUGAAGCAGCGAGAGGAAAGGACAGACUUAACAGAACACGCAGAACAUGAGAGGUUUGAACAUGUCAUUUCCUGUGAAGUUCACGUCUACACCCAUAGUGGUGAGAACAAGAGCUCGCCCAUCUGUCGAGUGUGUGAGAUGUCAGAUGGCCUCUCUCCGUCCUCCUGUACUCUUGUCUUUUGUGAACUCAUGAAAGCAUGAUUGAUUUUUUUGAAACAGGGUAAUAACUGCACCUCAGAGACGCUGCUGUUGACAUGAGGUCUGUUCUCGUCUUGCUCCAGAGGCCUUCGGUGAGCGUUAGGGAGAUUUGAAUGUGAUGAUCAAUGCAGUCUAAUGUAUCCAUGGCAACAGCCUCUCCCAUGCUGUUUACUGCCCUGAAACACGUGUGUGUCGGUGAAAGUGCACUCCUUUAUACUGCCGUGAUGUUUCAUAUCCGACGAGAAGCCUUCACACACUCAUGUCUGCGGACUCUCCAAACGAAGGCUGAAACUACAGCAUUAACGCCUCUCUUUCUUUUGGUUGUAAAUACUUUUCUCUUUAUAUAUAAGCCUACAAGGUCGACCUUUAAUAUAGCUUUUUCAAGUAUAACAAAUAACCAAAAUAAAGACAAAAACACAACAAAAUACACAAAAAUAUGCAAAAUUUAGCAAAAGCAUUAUAAUUCAUGAUAAGCGGUAUUUUAAGCGAUAGUCUGCUUUUUAAAUUCAUGUUUAUUACUUAACUCUGAUAGUUUACUGCCUCCUAACCCGCUUCAUUUUAAGGAUUUACCUUUCAGCGUAACGGAGCUGAGACGCGCUGUCGUGUUCGUUUACUCGAUUAGUUUAUCGAAUAAUCCUGGCUAAGUUUCUCUCGAACUGUGUGGUUCCAGGCGAUCUCUAACACAUACACACCUUUACUUCGCUAUGUGAAGGACGACGUUUCUAGGCACGCUUUUUUUCGCCACAGAAUAAAAAAUAAAACAGGUAAUUGCGACUUUUAUAUCUCCCAAUUCCGAGAGAAAAAAAGGCAGAACUGCAGAACAUAAAGAAACUAUAUAAUACAAGCUAGCUACAAUUGUGACUUUAUUUCUUGCAAAUUCAAAUUGAUAUUUUGCAAUUCUCAUGUUAUAGCUCACAAUUGCCAAUUUAGAGAAAUAUUUAAUAUAAACUCUCGUAAUUCUCACUUUAUAACUCAAAAUUACAAAUUUACAGGCCUAUCUCAAUUGUGAGUAAAAGUCAGAAAUGUGAGAUACAAAGUCAGUUUUGAGAAUUAUUAUAUAUUAUUUCACCAUUCUGAGAAAUAUUAUAUAAUAUAAACUUUUUAAUCAUAAAAUGCUCACAAUUGCACAUUUAUCUCACAAUUCUGAGAAAUAAAUCUGAAUUGUGAGAGAUAAACAUGCAAUUCUGACGUUUUCUCUCACAAUUGCAAAUUUAAUUUUGACUUCAUAACGAAUUAUAAGAUAUAGUCACAGUUACCUAUUUUUUUAAUUCCGUGGCAUAAACAAGCUUCAGUUGUUUACAUAUAAAGCUAAUUAUAAACGUUGAAAAGUGUUUUUGUCUGAUAUAGCUAACAAUCGUCUUCAAAGUGUAGCGGAGUAAACGCGCACACACACACACACACACACAUCCUCAAAGCAGGGCUAAUUGAACCCUUUCUAACGACUGACUGACUGUGUGUUGAUGGAGUGUGUCAUGUUUUCUGAUUGUAAUGCGAUGGUGAGGUCCUGUCCUCACUUUAGGUCUAUAGCACACAAUAACAUCUCAUCUCCAGUUAGAGGAACUCUAACCAUGUCUUUAACCUUUCUUUUUAGAGCAUCAUUAUUAUUAUUAUUAUUAUCAUUAUCAUUAUUAUUAUUAUUAUAAUGAAGCGUUUUAGGGUGUUUUCUUCUGGUAUGUUGAAGCCGGCAGUGUAAAUGUUCCCUACUAACCUAUGUUAGAGUUUUCCUAAAAACAGUUUAGAUUCAAACACACACACACACACACACACACUUCCCUACAUGCUUAUAGCUUGAGCUCUAUAUGCUAAAAAAAUCACAUUUUCCUGUGUUCAUAGAGAAAUACGCCUAUUACGCAUAGCUGUAGUUAUAAUUUUUUCUAGUGUAUUCGCAAUAUAUAAGCAACUUCUAGCGUUCUGUUGACUACUAUAUUCUCAUUAUUCUAAAGUAAGUAUAGUAUUAAUCUACAGGUAAGAAACGCCCUGUCGUUUAUUCCCUCCAUCCGUUAUUUCAGUGAACGUGUUGAUAAGGACACGCGUGUGCGUGUGACUUCUGUAAUAAACUCUCUUGUUGCUAUGGCGCUGCCAUGGUGUUACGAUGCUGUUCCCAUGGUAACUGCAGUGCAAGAGGAUGCGGGCUGAAUGAGUGAAUUGUUUCACUAUGGAAUAAGAGCUACAUCCACUUUGAUAUGUUACCAAAAUUUUUACGUCAUUUCCAUCUCUGAAACGAUUCUCAAGUGAAUACAUGUACAGAUUGUGUAUAUAAUAAUGUGAGAUUUCCUCCUUUUGUAUGACAAUAUGAACACAAACCUCUAUGAGACUUUAAUAGUGAGAGUGUUUUGAUGAUGAUGAUGAUUAUGACGGAUCAGAAUUCUUUCACUGAAUAAAGCGAAUUAAAAAACA